AUGUCAAGCCUCCGCAUAUGGCUUAUUAACAUAAUCAAGCAAAAUGGUGGGAUUCGUGGGUCUAUUGUGAUGUUAACGGACGAAUUAAAAGACGGAGUGCUAGUUGGAGAAGAUUACCUGGGAAAUAAAUACUACAAAAAUGACCGCUAUUUUUUUGGACGCAAUCGUUGGGUUGUAUACGGAAAUCGGUUUGGAUGGGAUUACGAGGGGUCCCAAAUUCCUCCAGAGUGGCACCGUUGGCUUCAUUAUAUGACGGAUGAAACUCCAAUACAAAAUCCUCCACAACGUCGUCCAUGGAUGUUGAGUCACCAAGAAAAUCGUACUCUUGAAGAGUCGGCUAAAUAUGUACCCUAUUCCACAACAAAGCCCAAAGUGGAACCUUGGAUUCCAAAAUGA